UCCAAACCAAGGAAGCAAGAGUACGUAUCGGCACUAGCUUUCUUGAUGCUUCGAUUGAAACGAAGCUUCGUAGUGGUUUCUCAGUGGUAGCCACUUCACGCCGUUCAGCGGCCUGACAGGAAAGCCGCGGGUGUGUGGUGCGUGGUGUGUGGGUGCACGUUGCUGGAGAGGCACUUGCAGCUUGUCUGAUGGGAUCCUCCGUACGUAAGACUUAGGUGAACGCAGGACAGCGUGAGGUGAGUGUGGCGCAUCACGGUUGUCGCUGUGUCCUAAAUCCACGACUCUCUGGCCUUGGUGGCUGCUACACUGCCACCUUUAUUUGGCCGACAUUGAAAAUGGCAGCCCUGGACGGGAGGGACUAGUUGGUGAGGGUCACUGCUGCCACCUGGUGACGGCCACUUCUCAGAAAUUUGGCAUUGAUUCAGACAGCAAUAAGCCACUGGCACGACACCACCACCGAGUGUGUGGAAAGAGAAAACCUCAGAAGACGGAAGGAGAAAAACCAUACCUAGCAGUACUCGGCUGACGACUAAGGUAAAGGUGGUUAAAAUGACAAAGGUUACUGUCAUCUGGAUAAUGAUUUCCGCAAGCGUCUUUUACACAACAAGGACACAGUCAACUUACAGUUUGAGAGAACAACCGAACACCUGUAUUCCCAUGAUGGAUCUGACCUAUGAUUUUCGCACUACCUCCUCUAUACUAUGUGGUGUGCUGUGUGGUGAGAGAAACGCCGUGAAGUACACCUUUAACAGCAACACCAACAAAUGUACUCUGUACGGAGAAGGUUAUGGCCCGGCCUCCUCCACAAACACCUUCCUUUUGUUCCCAUCACAAGAUUCCCUGGAGGAUGUGGCCACAGGAAAGCCAGCUUCCGCAAGCAGCGUUUAUUUGUUAAACAUUGCAUCUAUGGCCGUGGACACAAUCGAGACGGAUGACAGUAUGUUCCACUCAGCUGUAGAUGAUUCACAACCCUGGUGGCUGCUGGACCUCGGCGAGACACGGGUGAUUCAUGAGGUCCAAAUCCUUCCUCGCCGCAAUUGCUGCCAUUACAGGUUCCACGAUAUUGAUAUUCGCAUAGGUGACGUGCAGCCAGCCAAUGGUAACUUUUCAUCGUUCACUCCGUUUUCGACGUACAAGGGUCCUUAUUCCGCCGCUCUUGGCCGUCUUUCAUGCGCUAGGGGUGAUGGCCUCAGUGGCAGGUUCGUCGUCAUCAUGAGAGUGAUACGAAAUGGUCCUGAUGAUUACCCACUCCAUAUAGCUGACGUUAAUAUCUUUGUCCAGAAGUAGUUAACUAGUGAUAAAGUGUUACAGUUUGUUCUUUAUGAUGUGAUAGGCAGUUAUUAUUGCAAAUAUGAAUACUUAUUAUUUCGUGUUGUUAGAUUGCUAUUAGAAUAGAAUACACACACACACACACACACACACACACACACACAGUGUCCUGUGAGGAAAUUCACAUAUCCCCGGAAAGGAAAAACUAAUUUCUUCUAAAUCGGAAACAUUGUAUCGUCAAAUGCUUAUAAUGCCAUGGUGUAGAGGUUACAGGACUUCUCUGUAAACAGUGACCAGUAAUGCCAGCGUCCGCUUCUGCUCGUAAGUCAUGGACGUAAAUUCCUUUCUUGUGCCUUUUUGACGUCGGUCCAAGCUGUUUGUUUACGAUUUUCGACACUCAGGUUCAUGGCACUACUGUUAUGAAGGUCACGCUUCGAAAACGCCCAAACGAAAGUAUAACUGUCUGUGAAAGCGGUACAUCCUAUUUGUUCAGGAGCUUACCAAUAUGGGAGCGUUUUGGUUCGGGAGCUUCGAAAAGACUGUGGAACUGGCCCAACUGUUAGCUGGCGUGAGGAGGCAGCGGUGGAGGUAGGGAGGCGCUUUUUAUUCAUUGAUAUCUAUUUUCUGUUCUUAACAAGUUUUCUUUUUUUGGGGGGAAGGAAUUCUAAAAAAGAAAAAGCAAGAAAACUUCGAGGAAGAUAUAAAUAUGCAAGCCGCAGCGAAGAAAAUACAUAGAUAAAUAAAACAGGUGUUGUUCUCCCUCGUCUGAAGAUAUAUGAUUCUGUUGUCCCAUAUUGUACUACGUCUUUGUAUUUUUAAUGAUCUUACUUUAUAUUUUCAUAUAUUACGCAUUAUUGUGUGUGUGCCAUGUAUUAAUUUUGUUUUCAUGUAUUACGCAUUAUUGUGUGUGCCAUGUAUCAAUGUACUAUUCCUUGCUGUACUUAAUAUGAUGAUACAUAUAUAAAAUUAAUAUAGCGGAAACUUUGAUAGC